AGAGGAGGAGGGGGGAUGGGGGAGGAGGAGGAGAGGGCUCGAGGGACCGUCUGUCUCGGGACAGGCUGGCCAGCUGGGGCGCGGAGCCGGGAGGAGGAGGCAGCAGUAGCAGCGCUUGGAGCAGCAGCAGCAGAAACAAGUACCAGCCACACAGCGGCUCCUCCGGCCCGAGCAGCCACAGUCCCCCGGCCGCGAUGGCGCUGCAAAGCCCGGCGAGCGAGGAAGCUAAGGGGCCCUGGCGGGAGGCAGACCAGGAACAGCAGGAGCGGGUGGGUAGCCCCGAGCCAGAGCCGGAGCCGGAGCCGGAGCCCGAGCCCGUGCCAGUACCCCCACCCGAGCCCCAGCCAGAGCCCCAGCCGGAGCCCCAGCCCUUACCGGACCCUGCACCACUGCCGGAGCUGGAGUUUGAGCCUGAGCCGGUGCACGAACCCGAGCCCACGCCCACCGUGGAGACCCGCGGCACCGCGCGCGGCUUCCAGCCCCCCGAAGGUGGCUUCGGCUGGAUGGUGGUCUUCGCUGCCACCUGGUGCAACGGCUCCAUCUUUGGCAUCCAGAACUCCUUCGGGAUUCUCUACUCCAUGUUGCUGCAGGAGGAAAGAGAGAAAAAUCGCCAAGUGGAGUUCCAAGCAGCAUGGGUAGGAGCCCUCUCAAUGGGCAUGAUCUUCUUCUGUUCUCCCAUUGUGAGUAUAUUCACUGAUCGAUUGGGCUGCCGAAUCACAGCAACUGCAGGGGCUGCCGUCGCUUUCAUUGGCCUCCAUACCAGCUCCUUCACCAGCUCACUAAGCCUGCGUUACUUCACCUACGGGAUUCUCUUUGGUUGUGGCUGUUCCUUCGCCUUUCAGCCAUCUCUCGUCAUCCUGGGCCAUUACUUCCAACGCCGUCUGGGUCUGGCCAAUGGUGUGGUGUCUGCUGGGAGUAGCAUCUUCUCCAUAUCCUUCCCCCUCCUCAUCAAAACGCUGGGGGCUAAGAUCAAGCUCGCCCAAACCUUCCAGGUGCUGAGUACCUUUAUGUUUAUUCUUACGCUGCUUUCACUCACCUACCGACCCCUCCUGCCCAGCUCGCAGGACACCCCAAGCAAGAGAGGUGUCCACACCCUGUGCCAACGCUUUCUGGCUCAGCUCAGGAAGUACUUCAACAUGCGAGUGUUCCGCCAACGUACCUACCGCAUCUGGGCCUUCGGGAUCGCUGCUGCUGCCCUUGGCUACUUCGUUCCCUAUGUACACUUGAUGAAGUAUGUGGAAGAGGAAUUCUUGGAAAUCAAGCAGACCUGGGUGCUCUUGGUGUGUAUUGGAGCUACCUCAGGCCUUGGGCGCCUUGUGUCAGGCCGUGUCAGUGACUCCAUUCCUGGACUUAAGAAGAUCUACUUGCAGGUCAUCUCCUUCCUGCUCCUGGGCCUGAUGUCCAUGAUGAUUCCCCUCUGCCGGGGCUUCGGGGGCCUCAUCGUUGUCUGCCUCUUCCUGGGCCUGUGUGAUGGCUUCUUCAUCACCAUCAUGGCCCCCAUCGCAUUUGAGCUGGUGGGCCCAAUGCAGGCCUCACAGGCCAUUGGCUACCUCCUGGGCAUGAUGGCCCUGCCGAUGAUUGCCGGACCCCCCAUUGCAGGCCUCCUCCGCAACUGUUUUGGGGACUAUCAUGUGGCCUUCUACUUUGCCGGUGUGCCCCCCAUCGUCGGGGCUGUAAUCCUCUUGUUCGUCCCUCUGAUGCAUCAAAGGAUGUUCAAGAAGGAGCAAAGGGAUUCCAGCAAGGAUAAGAUGUUGACCCCUGACCCAGACCCCAAUGGAGAGCUGCUGCCAGGCUCCCCCACCCCUGAGGAACCAAUCUAAUGCCUCUUAUUUGCCAUUGUGUGCUCCUCCCCAAACCUUUCCCUUCACCCUACCCUGCUCAGCAUUUACAUUUUUGCCACCAGCACACUUGUUCCCAAACCUGCACAUGCAGCAUUUCAGCCACCUGACCAUCCCCCUGGAGCCAAAGCUCCAGGUGUUCCAAACUCAUUAACCAAAUUCUCCCUGUGAAUGCCUUUAAACUUGCCAGGGUCCUCUCCUCCCAGGAUCUAGGAAAGCUUGGGAUCACCCCCUCGCCUUUGGACCCUCUCCAUAUACUUUCUAACUCUUGGGGGAGGAGGAUGGGAACUCCUGGCCCAGCUUGUUAGUCACCCACUAAAAGCAACUGCCAAAGGUGCUACUGUGUCCCCAGGAGCCUGGUGGGAAGAUCCAAGCCUCUGUGUGCUGAGGAGUUCCUUGCCAUCUGUCCUUAGGAACCAUUGGGGGGUGCGAGGGAAAGGGCAUAGAGGUAAAAUGAGACAAGGAGCCUUGUUUGGCCUCAGAGUCUCUGAGGGCUAUGGCUUCCCAAGAGGUGUGGGUGACAUCAUUUUACAAGUGUACAGAGAGUCUCCCCAUCAUAUGGUUGGUUAACAGUCUGCUUUCUUCUUUCCUUCCUCCUUUUUUUUUCCUCUACUGCCUCUUCUCCCUUCUCAUCCCCCUCUAUUUCUUUUUAUGACUGUCAUAGACUCAUGGGUGCUUGAAGAAAGGAGGGACCCAGAGCUUGGGCCAAUCAGCCUCACCUUGGCCCAGCCCGCCCCUAACACUAGCAUCAAUUCCACUCAUCUCAGGCUGAGCCACAUCUCAUUUUUUGGCUCAAGCUGCUAUAAUCCUAUACUGGAAUAAUAGAAUAUCACAUAGGAAAGGGACCUUAAACACCGUAAAAUUCCACUCACUGAUUUUUUACAGAUUUUCCAGGACAAUGCAUUAACCUGCAGGCUGUCCCAGCUCCCCAUCCUUAUAUCCACCUGUCAAAAUGUGAAGAAAUUCCUUUCAUCUCAGCAGGCAGAGGAAGACUGAUGACAGGGGGAAUGGCAUGGUGGGGGGAGGAGCAAUAGUUUUGGACCUGGGGAAGGACCAACUCCAUCUCUCAUUAUUCAUGACGGGUCAACAUUUCCACCUGGGCCAGGCCAGAAAAGGAACUGUUUGAGGGAAAAUCCCAUUCCCAACCUGGAUCCCCCAAAGGUAGAGGCAGCAGCUGCACAUAGGGUUGGAAAACGUCUAGGAAGAGGAAACCAUCCUAGCCUUUACUACCCAAUGUGUCCCCCAUGCUGGGCAUCCUGGACCACUCUACUUAGUGGGCAUUAAAGGUGCCAGGAAAGGUAGACUCUGGACCAUCUUCAUCCCUCUGAAGUAGGUACCAGAUGUUUCCCUAUGCCUAAGCUCUGGGAAGCACUCUUGCUGCAGAGCAUUUCCAGCCAGGCUGUGUCCGGCCAUCACAACUCACCUUAUUAGGAGCUCAGCCUCUCUCCUCACUCAGCCUCUUUGUAUUUCUCCCUAUGCUGGGUAUUUUUCUGCUGUGUUCCUAUUACCCUAACCUUUCAUCAUCUUCUUGCCAGGCAUCCCUGGCUGUCACCUAGAGCUAACAGUGACUUGCCACCCCGAGCCAGGGCCAUCCCAGGGCCAGGAGGAUGAGAUCGCCCCUGAGGAGCCCCAAAGAAGACAGUGGUCCCCACCCAUGAGUUUUUCCGUUACAAACAGGCAGCUGGGGCAUGGUUGGCCUCUGAUGGCUUCAUUCAAGGCCAAAGUCUGGAGCCCCCUCCCUUGGUCCCAGUCCAGCUCUUAUCAAUUCCCCGAAGGAAAACCCAUUGGUUCUUGGCUCUGUGAAUAGGAAGGGGCCUGCCUAAUUACGAUUCUGUUAUCCCAAACAGCAGUGAAACAGGAGGAGCUGGGCCCCAGGAGCUCUUUAAGUCCCAGAAGAGGCCAUUGAAAAUGUUGGAGCAACAAAGCCCCUGCUUCCAUUGCUCCCUGCCCACUCCCACCAAGUCACCUGAGGGCAGUUCUGCAGGGCCUCCUUUGUUGCUCAUGGUGUGGAUAGCUCUUAAGAAUCAGGGUGCUACCCGCUUCUCUCCAGAUGAAGGAAAGACAUUCACAGGUCCCAAAUCUGCCCUAUCAGGUGUCACAUAACGUGGCAGGGUGUCAGUUUACUUCUUCCACACAUGUACGCGUGCAUGUGCGUGCUUGUGCACUUUUGGAGAGAAUGUUGGUUGGCGAAAGCAGCACAGUAUUAACAUUUAGGGUAAGAUGCAGCCUCUUAUGCACCACAGUUAAAUCAAGGAGAACGAACAAAAUUUGGGAGCUUGAGAUCUGGGACAUUUAAAUCCUCAGAAGGUUUGGAACAAAAUAAACAGAUCUAAAAAUCCAG